AUAAUGGCUAUUAAAUCGUACCUUCAAUUACAUUUUUCACAGUCUAUUUGUGAAUAGGUUAUGAAAUGUAGCAGUAUCUGCGUAAAUUACAUGUUGAUUUUUAUGUAGUAUUUUAUUGUUGGAAUAUAUUCUCUUCAUUUAAAAUAUUUAACACCAGUGGUCUAAGACCACAGGAACAUGGGAAAAUGAAGAAGUUUAGAUUUUUUUUAAUACUAUAAUUAAAUAUGUAUCUAGAUCACCUACAGUGUAUUUAAUUAUGUACAUAGAGAGGUUUCAUUUUGGCGUUUAUUUUUUUUUCAUUAUGUCUGCAUUGGUUUUCUUAUGCCAUAUAAUUGAGGUUAGUUCUAAAAAUAUUUCAAAUUACACAGGAGAACUGACGGGCUUCGUGCAAGUUGGUCCCAAGAAAUAUUUCUUCCCCCAUAAAUAUAAGGAGGAAGCUGAAGACAUUUACAAUAUCCCGGUGAAGCCAGAUGACGUGUACGUUGUUACAUUUCCUAGAUCAGGCACAACAUGGGCGCAGGAGCUGGUCUGGUUGGUGAAAAAUGAUCUCGAUUUUGAAUCUGCCAAAGAAACACCGUUACCAUUCAGAUUUCCAUACCUGGAGAUUUCAAUCAUGAUACACCCCGUGUUUCUAAAGCCGAUUGUAGAAGAUAGCAUAGCAAACCCAAGAAAAUUCCACUUGGCGGAUACGGUGAAACCAGGCGCAGUGAAGGCGGCCAAUUUGAAAUCGCCAAGGUUCAUCAAGAGCCACCUGCCUCUGUCGUUGCUCCCACCAGGGCUGCUGGAUACGGCUAAGGUGGUGUACGUGGCGCGGGACCCGAGGGAUGCGGCGGUGUCCUUCUACUAUUUGAGGAAGACGUUCGGGGGCGUGCCGAAGGACUUUAAAGCGUAUUGGAACUACUUCAUUAGGGGUUUGCAUCACUAUUUACCAGUUUUUGAACACGUAAAGGAAGCAUGGAAUAUGAGACAUCAUCCGAAUCUUUUGUUUUUAUUUUAUGAAGAAUUAUCUAAGGACUUGCCCGCUGUCAUCCGUCGAGUAGCCGACUUUUUAGGUAAAGAAAUGACACAAGAGCAAGUGAUGAAAUUGGCAGACCAUCUCAAUUUCAGUAACUUUAAGGAUAACACGUCCGUCAAUAACGUAGAUUUGGGACAUCCCAGCAUCGUCUUCGAUCAGCAGGCUCCAUUCAUAAGGAAAGGUAAAGUGGGCGGUUGGACAGACCACUUCGACGAUGAGAUGGUGGAACAAGCUGACAGAUGGCUUAAAGAGAACCUCGCCGACACUGACCUGAGAUAUCCUGCGUGGGAACUGACGGAUUUAAUUCCGUUCCCGUUUGAAAUUAAAGAUGUGGAAGAAAAUCUUGCUAAGGAACUUAUGGUGCAUUAUACAGGAGAAUUGACGGGGUUCGUGCAAGUUGGGCCCAAGAAAUAUUUCUUCCCCAAUAAAUAUAAGGAGGAAGCUGAAGACAUUUACAAUAUCCCGGUGAAACCAGAUGACGUGUACGUUGUUACAUUUCCUAGAUCAGGCACUACAUGGACGCAGGAGCUGGUCUGGUUGGUGAAAAAUGAUCUCGACUUUGAAGCUGCCAAAGAAACACCGUUACCAUUCAGAUUUCCAUUCCUGGAAGCACACUAUAUUAUGGUCGUGUUCCCUUUUAGGACAUAUUGGAACUACUUCAUUAGGGGAUUGCAUAACUAUUCACCAAUAUUUGAACACGUAAAAGAAGCAUGGAAUAUGAGACAUCAUCCGAAUCUUUUGUUUUUAUUUUAUGAAGAAUUAUCUAAGGACUUGCCGGCUGUCAUCCGUCGAGUAGCCGACUUUUUAGGUAAAGAAAUGUCACAAGAGCAAGUGAUGAAAUUGGCACACCAUCUCAAUUUCAGUAACUUUAAGGAUAACACGUCAGUCAAUAACGUGCAUUUGGGAAAUCCCGACAUCGUCGUCGAUGGAGAGGCGCCAUUCGUAAGGAAAGGUAAAGUGGGCGGUUGGAGAGACCACUUCGACGAUGAGAUGGUGGAACAAGCUGACAGAUGGCUUAAAGAGAACCUCGCCGACACUGACCUGAGAUAUCCUGCGUGGGAACUGACGGAUUUGUAGAAAAAAAUCUAUUA